ACACCAUUCCCAGUCCAUGGGAUCCAAGAGAGGGGUGUACUUCCAAUCCAUUGGGUCGUCGGGAACCACAUGAACUGCGUACUCUACCUAGGCGGGUGCCUCCCAGUCAGACUCCUCGGUCUUUCCAAGAGGUUCCCAAUCCAUGGGAUCGUCCAAGGCGUCCUGGAUGGGAGCCACAGGCAGGUGCGGGGCAAAUGAAACAGUGAAAGAAGGCACAGAGGCCGAAGGAGAAGAAGAAGUGGGCGCAAAGGCCGAAGAAGAAACAGGCACAGUGGCCAAAGAAGAAGGCACAACGGCCGGAGGAGAAGGCACUGAGGCCGAAACAGACGAUGGCGCAGAGGCCGACAGAGGCAAAGGAACGGAAGCGGAAGAGGAGGACAAAGAGAAGGAAAAGAUGAAAGGCCGCGAGGGAAGAAGACGCCGGCAAAAGAUAAAGGAACAGGAAGGCACAGAGGCCAAAACAGAGGCAGGCAUGGAGGCCGCAGAAGAAGUGGGCACGACGGCUUUACGCACGACGGCAGGAGAGAUCGAAGGCACUGAGGCCACGGAAGACAAAGAGGAACGGGAGGACUUGCUUGCAUUCAAUGCACGGCGAAGAGGUGUUUUUCAGGAACUUGCGGUUCGGCAUGAUGAGAAGCUUGUAAAUCAAUAA